GUCGCGUAGGAAAGUUCUACGAGGAGGUAGUUCGCGAUUGCCUACAGAGGUACAACUUCAUUUUUCUCACCUCCAAAAUGGCCUCCUUCAAUCCAACCCAGAUCUUCGACGAUGGCACGACCGAGGAAAAGGGAGAGAAUGCUCGUCUUUCCGCGUUUGUGGGAGCUAUUGCCGUUGGCGAUUUAGGUAUGGCUGCAGCUCGCACCUUUUUUUAUAUGCCACUAACAGAAAAUUAGUCAAGUCCACCUUGGGUCCCAAGGGAAUGGACAAGAUUCUACAGUCUGCCUCAACCGGUGAAAUUCUCGUCACAAACGAUGGUGCGACGAUCCUCAAAUCGAUAGCUCUCGACAACGCAGCUGCCAAAGUCCUGGUAAACAUUUCCAAGGUCCAGGACGAUGAGGUGGGAGAUGGAACGACAUCAGUCACCGUGUUAGCGGCCGAGUUGCUACGGGAAGCCGAGAAGCUGGUCGACAAGAAGAUCCACCCCCAAACAAUUAUCGAGGGUUACAGAAUAGCAAGCCAGGCAGCUUUGGCAGCGUUGGAGAAAUCUGCAGUGGACCACAGCAGCAAUGCCGAUGCGUUUAGGAAGGAUCUUUUAGCUAUUGCCAGAACAACUCUGAGCUCCAAAGUUCUUUCCCAGGAUCGAAAGCAUUUCGCAGAGCUUGCAGUCGAUGCAGUCCUGCGUAUGAAGGGUUCAUCAGAUCUCAGUCACAUCCAAAUUAUCAAGAAGGCUGGUGGAAAGCUCAACGAUUCCUAUCUAGAUGAGGGUUUCAUUCUGGACAAAAAGAUUGGUGUGAACCAGCCAAAACGCCUGGAAAAGGCCAAGAUUCUGGUAGCAAACACAUCUAUGGAUACGGAUAAGAUCAAAAUCUUCGGAGCUCGAGUCAAGGUUGGUUCUACUGGGAAGCUGGCAGAAUUAGAGAAGGCGGAGAAAGACAAGAUGAAGGCCAAGGUGGAGAAGAUCAAGGCUCAUGGCAUCAACUGCUUUAUCAACAGACAACUUAUUUACAACUGGCCUGAGCAGUUAUUCUCAGAUGCUGGGAUUAUGUCUAUUGAACAUGCCGAUUUCGAUGGUAUAGAAAGACUGGCGUUGGUUACUGGCGGUGAGAUCACAUCAACCUUUGACCACCCAGAUCAGGUCAAACUCGGACAGUGUGAUCUUAUUGAAGAGGUUAUUAUUGGCGAAGAUACCUUGAUCAAGUUCUCUGGUGUGGCGGCUGGUCAAGCUUGUACCAUUGUCUUAAGAGGUGCUACUGAGCAACUUCUGGACGAGGCUGAUCGAUCACUGCACGAUGCCUUGGCUGUUCUUUCUCAGACCGUCAGAGAGCCAAGAACGACGUUGGGAGGUGGAUGUGCUGAGAUGCUCAUGGCCAAGGCUGUUGAGGGCGCUGCGUUAAAGGUUGAUGGCAAAAAACAAAUCGCUGUCAACUCCUUUGCCAUCGCUCUUCGACAGUUACCAACUAUUCUGGCGGACAAUGCUGGCUACGAUUCUAGCGAGCUGGUCGCCAAACUUCGAACUGCCAUGUAUGAUGGUAUGACCACCUACGGAUUGGAUUUGCUUACACCCGGAGGAGGUAUCACGGAUAUGCGAGAAUUGGGUGUGAUUGAGAGUUACAAGCUCAAGAAGGCUGUUGUGUCGUCUGCUUCCGAGGCAGCAGAAGUAAGUUGAUUCGUUCUUCGGUCCUUUGUCACUCUAGCUAACCCUGAUAAGCUUCUUCUUAGAGUAGACAACAUUAUCCGGAGUGCCCCAAGGAGGAGAGAGGGUUAGGGCGUUUAUGGAAAAGUAAAUGUAUAAUGAACAAC